CGAGGCGGCAGGUCCCUGGUUGUUUCGUCCCCUGAGGUAAUGCCCGGGAAGGCGGGGAACUUGGAAGAGGCCGAAGCCGGCGGCGAGGAGUCGGGCGCCGAGGAGUACGGCCCGGAGGAGUACGGUCGGGAGGACUCGGGCGCCGAGGACUCGGGCCCGGAGGCGUCGGACGCCGAGGAGUCGGGCGCCGAGGCGGACAUGGAGGCGGGGCGGCUGCCGCCGGUGCUGCGCUCGGUGAACUCUCGCGAGCCGUCCCAGGUCAUCUUCUGCAACCGCAGCCCGCGCGUCGUGCUGCCCGUGUGGCUCAACUUCGACGGCGAGCCGCAGCCCUACCCGACGCUGCCGCCGGGCACGGGCCGCCGCAUCCACAGCUACCGAGGUCACCUUUGGCUCUUCAGAGAUGCAGGGACUUACGAUGGGCUUCUGGUUAACCAAACGGAAUUGUUUGUGCCGUCUCUCAACGUUGAUGGACAGCCUAUUUUUGCCAACAUCACACUGCCAGUGUACACCCUGAAAGAGCGCUGCCUCCAGGUAGUUCGCAGCCUGGUCCGACCUGAGAACUACCGGAAGCUGGACAUUGUCAGAUCACUCUACGAAGACCUAGAAGACCGCCCAGACGUGAGGAAAGACCUGCAGCGGCUGACGCAGGAGCACAUUGCGCAUCAGCGCACGGAAGGGGACACAGACGCGUCACAUUGAAGUUGCACUCCGUGCUUCCUGUGAUGGCCCUGACCAGUCUCGACGCAGAUUCAGACCUAGGCGCUCGUCCUCACCGUCGGGUCUGUCUGCCUGCUGCAGUGAACUGUGCUCCGCUGACUUCACCAGGCGUUGUGAGGUUGACACGUAUCUCAGUGUAAUGCCUGCUCUCUUCAGAAGGGUUGAUCAGGAGAAAGUAGCUGCGGUUUUGCCUCCAAGUCAGGCCAGUUUCUGUAUCGGUGGUGUGUGAGUAAUUUCAUGAGGAUUACAGCAUACCCUUUGAUUCCAAGACUGCACUAGCAUCUGCUUGCAGCUGCUGUACUGUGGUUGGUGACACACCGGCCUCCCCGCAGUUGGGAGACUGAAAUGACCUUGAGGCAGGCACAGGUCUGUCCCCUCAGACCCUGAACACAUUCUGAGCUGCUGUCAUACGUUGGAGGUUUUGUGGGUUUUUUGGCAUUAAUGUGUAUAGAGUAAGCAAAUGUUUUGAAGAGAAUCAUUUUGUACUAAGCACUUGUUAAUUGUUUUUAACACUGCACUUUGCUCUGUUCACUCUUGUUGCAGUGCUAUGUGACUGCUAUUUGUGAUGCAGGGUUGGCUCUACACAGAAAAUGGUAGUCCUGUGUAAUUCCAAUGUUAGGGAGUGGAGCUACUGUGCUGGAAGUAAGCUUUUGCCAAGUGCAGGCAUUUCUUUUCCUUUUUCAAGUUCAUGACGUUUCCUUUUGCUUCUCGAUUGGGUCGUCAGGUGGGAUCUGGUGGCAGAUUUCCCUCACUGGGGGAAAGCCUGCCAAUGUCUGGCAGGUUAUUCCUAGCACACAGUGGACUCCUGGAGUAGCCUGGGAUGUUUUAUAGUUUUAUAAACGGACAAUUCCUUUCUCAUAGACUGGGCUUGAAUUCUUUAACUCAAACUCAAAACAUCCAUGGAAGUUUGUAUUUUAUAGCUCAUAGUUAACGAAAAAUUGGGGAAAGUAGAAGGAAAGAAAUCUCUAGAAAUGCAACCUAAAUAUAACCACUAUUAACAUUCACGGAUUGUUUCAGUCUUUUUUAGGGCAUAUGUUGUUGGUUUUUUACAUAGUUGAAAGUAUACUGUAUGUACAAUUUUGUAUUCAACUCUUUCAUUUAAUGUACUGUAAAUGUUUUGUUUUUUUUCUUGUUAUAAGCUUUAUAAGCCUUUACAACAGUCUCCCUUUUAUAAUUAAUGGUUGGGAUAUGUCCAGGCAUCUCUUCAUUUUUUCAGGCACCAUUCCUAUUUGCUUAAAUCAGAGUAAAAUGAAAGAAACAAACUCGCACACUUCCCGCCACACUUGAGAUUUCAUGGAAUCUACUGUCAACUUGCAGCAUGUUCUGGUAAUUCUCAUCCUGUGAUGUACUUCUAAGUCUCAUGCUUUUUAAAAUGAAGUGUUGGCUGGGGAGGAAACCUGGAGGCAGAGUCUGAUGUGCUGUAUGAGCCAGUCAGUCCUAGAGUGGGCCAGGACUGGGGCUUGAAGUGCAGGUGUUGGAUUAAUCCAAGCUCAGUUCUAUUUUUUUUAACCAGUCUCUGUAUCAUAAUGAGAGUCCAUGUUCCUCUUACUAAGAACUGCAGUUUGAACACCAUGUUUUGUGUUAUCCAGGGAAGAUGAAGAACCUGUAGCAUUGUCUUUCAUUUAAAAUCUUGUGGGUGUAGUCAGUGUACUGCUCUUCAGAGACUGAUGUUUCCAAUCCUGAGGGUUUGUAGUUGCUUUUACAAAGAAGCAGUACUUCAAUACUUAAUUAAAUGGUGCUGAGUAAAGGAAA